GAUCUUGGCCACAGCUGGCACUGACUUUGACCUGCGAACGCUGCGAGCUGUGCGGGUGCUACGGCCCCUGAAGCUUGUGUCCGGAAUUCCAAGUCUGCAAGUUGUGCUCAAGUCCAUCAUGAAAGCCAUGGUCCCACUGCUACAGAUUGGGCUGCUGCUCUUCUUUGCUAUCCUCAUGUUCGCCAUUAUUGGCCUUGAGUUCUACAUGGGCAAGUUCCACAAGGCCUGCUUCCCUAAUAGCACAGAGAUUACAGAGCCCGAGGGCGACUACCCCUGUGGCAAGGAGGCUCCGGCGCGGUUGUGCGAGGGCAACACGGAGUGCCGCGAGUACUGGCGAGGACCCAACUUUGGCAUCACCAACUUUGACAACAUCCUGUUCGCCAUCCUGACGGUGUUCCAGUGCAUUACUAUGGAGGGCUGGACCGACAUCCUCUACAAUACAAACGAUGCUGCAGGCAACACUUGGAACUGGCUCUACUUUAUCCCCCUCAUCAUCAUCGGCUCCUUCUUCAUGCUCAAUCUGGUUCUGGGCGUGCUCUCAGGGGAGUUUGCAAAGGAGCGCGAGCGUGUGGAGAACCGCAGGGCCUUUCUGAAGCUGCGGAGGCAGCAGCAGAUUGAGCGGGAGCUCAAUGGCUACCUGGAGUGGAUCUUCAAGGCUGAGGAAGUCAUGCUGGCAGAGGAGGACAAGAAUGCCGAGGAAAAGUCCCCUCUGGACGUGUUGAAGAGAGCUGCCACCAAGAAGAGCCGCAAUGACCUGAUCCAUGCUGAGGAGGGCGAGGACCGCUUCGCAGACCUCUGUGCCGUGGGCUCCCCCUUCGCCCGAGCCAGCCUCAAGAGUGGCAAGACGGAGAGCUCGUCCUACUUCAAGCGGAAGGAGAAGAUGUUCCGCUUCUUCAUCCGACGCAUGGUGAAAGCGCAGAGUUUCUACUGGGUGGUGCUGUGUGUGGUGGCACUCAACACUCUGUGUGUGGCCAUGGUGCACUACAACCAGCCGCAGCGGCUCACCACCGCACUGUACUUUGCAGAGUUUGUAUUCCUGGGUCUCUUCCUCACAGAGAUGUCCCUGAAGAUGUACGGCCUGGGGCCCAGGAGCUACUUCCGGUCCUCCUUCAACUGCUUUGACUUUGGGGUCAUCGUGGGGAGCAUCUUUGAGGUGGUCUGGGCUGCUAUCAAGCCAGGAACCUCCUUUGGGAUCAGUGUGCUGCGGGCGCUGCGCUUGCUGAGGAUCUUCAAGGUUACAAAGUACUGGAACUCGCUGCGCAAUCUGGUGGUGUCCCUGCUCAACUCCAUGAAGUCUAUCAUCAGCCUGCUCUUCCUGCUCUUCCUCUUCAUCGUCGUCUUUGCUCUUCUGGGCAUGCAGCUCUUUGGGGGGCAGUUCAACUUCAGAGAUGAGACUCCAACCACCAACUUUGACACCUUCCCAGCGGCCAUCCUCACCGUCUUCCAGAUCCUGACAGGAGAAGACUGGAAUGCAGUCAUGUAUCACGGCAUCGAGUCACAGGGGGAGUCAGCAAGGGCAUGCUCUCGUCCUUCUACUUCAUUGUCCUCACGCUGUUUGGGAACU